CGAACCUUACCACAUGCAACGUACGCCCGAGCUAAUUCCUGCUUACCUCGUGUGGCAUUCUGAGAAUGGUACCGAGUUCAAGUGGAAAGCUCACCAGACUUUGCUUCGAAAGUGUUGUGGACAGAUGAAGCGGCAGGUCUGUGCAUCGAACGGGGAUGACGACAUUUCGAACCUUUCUUGUAAAACUCGCCGACGUGCCGCCGACUCGGAUUGUUCCAAUCGGCCGCCGACUCCUUUUGACGUUGCCGCCAAAGCCGCCGCCCGCUCGAAUUUCGUACCUAUCGCGGCCGUGCGAGCGUCACGAGUACCAGGCGACCAGGACGCGCUAGGAGAUUUGUGUAGUGCCAAUAUUUGAGUGGAUUAAGAACAGUGACCUCAAUAGUGCU